AUGUCAGCUAUACCCAUAACUCCAACUAAGCGUAUCCGCAGAAAUCUAUUUAGCGAUGCCCCAGCAACACCUCCACGGCCUUUGAAAAGAAAGAAGUUGCAGUUCGCGGACGUCACGCCAGCAUCGUCUCCAGAAAAGCUACAGUUUGGUCCGCAGUCGAUAUACCUAAGGACUAAGGCACUUUUGCAGAAGUCAUCUGAGUUGGUCACCUUGAAUAGUACCGACGGUGCAUUGCCAGCUAGGACCAUAGAACACGAACAGAUUAUGGAUUUUCUGGCGAAAUCCAUCUCUGAACACAAGUCCGAUUCACUGUACAUCACGGGCCCGCCAGGCACUGGCAAGACUGCCCAACUGGAUAUGAUUAUCAAGCAGAAGUUCCAGCCACUGGCACUUUCAUUAUCAAUGGCAAGAUUGAGCCAUCCGCAGAGACAUACGAACCCGCACCUGCAGAACCUGUCUUGGUUUGAACUGCCUGAUGGUAGGCUAGAAUCCGUGGCGGUAACCAGCAUCAACUGUAUAUCUUUAAGUGAGCCGUCUUCCAUUUUUCAGAAAAUUUUCGAUUCUUUCCAAGAGUUGAAUGCCCCCACUGUACAAAUAAAAAGCAUGCAGCAUUUACAAAGGUUUCUGGAAAUUUAUCACAAGAAGACCACAUUCGUGGUCGUGUUGGAUGAAAUGGAUAGGCUAUUGCAUGCCAACACAAAUGAGACUCAGUCGGUUAAAACCAUUCUCGAGCUGUUUCUUUUGGCGAAAUUGCCCACCGUGAGCUUUGUGCUGGUAGGUAUGGCCAAUAGUUUGGAUAUGAAAGACAGGUUUCUUUCCAGGCUAAAUCUGAAUAGGGAUUUGCUGCCACGAACUAUAGUUUUCCAGCCAUACACCGCCGAGCAAAUGUAUGAAAUCAUUUUACAAAAAUUAGGCAGCCUACCGACUAUUAUAUUCCAGCCAAUGGCCAUCAAGUUUGCGGCAAAGAAAUGCGCCGGUAACACAGGUGACUUGAGAAAGCUUUUUGAUGUCUUGAGAGGAAGUGUUGAGGUUUACGAGUUGGAAAGCCGGAUGCUGCUUUCACCGACGAACAAGUCCAUGGCACAUGCUGCGAAAGUGCCCUUGACACCAACGAAUUCGCCGGUAAAACAACCAUCGCCUCAGCCACAAAGAAAGGUAGGCUUGAACCAUAUAGCCAAAGUAUUCACCAAAUUCAUGAACAAUAACUCCACGAGAACGAGAAUAACCAAACUGAAUAUCCAACAAAAAUUAAUACUUUGUACCAUCAUCCAAUCUCUAAAGCUAAAUUCCGAUGCCACAAUCGACGAAUCCUUUGAUCAUUACGUUAAAGCUAUAACCAAAACAGACACUCUGGCUCCAUUGCAAAGGAACGAAUUUUUGGAAAUUUGCACAAUUUUGGAAACUUGUGGGCUGGUCUCAAUCAAAAAGACAAAAUGCAAGGGGAAAACUAAAAGACUGGUUGAUAAGAUUAAUGUUGAUCUCGACAUGCGGGAAUUCUACGAUGAAAUGACAAAAAUCUCAAUUUUGAAACCUUUUCUCCACUAA